AUGGCAAACCACAUCAUUGGGUUGAAAAGCGCAAAACCACCUAAAAUCCUGUUUUACGAACUUGUCACUGAACUGGCAGCUGUACGAGAAGAAAUCGUUAACACACACAACACCCUUAGGAGAGGAGUGAUUCCACCAGCCAGCAACAUGCUGAAGAUGAAUUGGAGUGAAGGGGCUGCACAAAAUGCCAGAGCUGUUUCGACAUAUUGUGAUAUAGUUGAGAGCAACCCAGUUGAGAGGAGAAUUGGAAGUACCUUUUGCGGGGAAAAUAUGCAUAUGACAACUCAAGCUGUUUCAUGGUCACACGUAAUUAGAACCUGGUACAAUGAGUCUAAAUAUUUCAAAUAUGGUCAAUGGACAUCAACGGAUGAUGACAAGGCUACUGACCAUUACACUCAGAUUGUUUGGGCCACUUCUUAUCUCGUGGGCUGUGGCAUUACAUCAUGCCGCAAAGGAGGGUUGCCUCGGUAUAUCUACGUUUGUCACUAUUGUCAUGAGGGAAACGAUCCUGACACAAAGAAUCGACCUUAUAAGACAGGCACCAUAUGUGGAGACUGUCCAAAUGACUGUGAAGAUAAACUUUGUACUAACCCCUGCAUCUACUAUGAUGAAUAUGCCCACUGUGAGCAACAAGUAAGAGGUUUUGGAUGCAACCACGUAUCAACUAAGCUAUUCUGCCAAGCUACUUGUCUGUGUAAAACUGAGAUAAGAUAA